AUGGCCAAGUCCCAUCUACUGCAGUGGCUGCUGCUGCUGCCUACCCUCUGCAGCCCGGGUGCAGCUGUCGAGUCGACCUCGUCCCUGGAUUGUGCACAAGGCCCUAAAUUCUGGUGCCAAAACCUGGAGCAAGCGGUGCAGUGCAAAGCCCUGGCACACUGCCUACAGGAAGUCUGGGGACAUGCAGGAGCUAAUGACCUGUGCCAAGAGUGUGAGGAUAUUGUCCACAUUCUCACAAAGAUGACCAAAGAAGACAUUUUCCAGGACACAAUCCGGAAGUCCCUGGAGCAAGAAUGCGAUAUCCUUCCCUUGAAGCUGCUCGUGCCCCGGUGUCGCCAAGUGCUUGAUGUCUACCUGCCCCUGGUUAUCGACUACUUCCAGAGCCAGAUAAACCCAAAAGCCAUCUGCAACCAUGUGGGCCUGUGCCCACUUGGGCAGGCUAUGCCAGAACAGAAGCCAGAGAUGGUGGAUGCUAUUCCAGACCUUCUGCUGGACAAGCUGGCCCUCCCUGCGCUGCCAGGAGCCCUCUUGGCAAGGCCUGGGCUGCACACCCAGGGUCUCUCUGAGCAACAGCUCCCCAUCCCCCUGCCCUUCUGCUGGCUUUGCAGGACUCUGAUCAAGCGGGUCCAAGCUGUGAUUCCCAAGGGUGUGCUGGCCGUGGCUGUGUCCCAGGUGUGCCACGUGGUGCCCCUGGUGGUGGGCGGCAUCUGCCAGUGCCUGGCUGAACGCUACACAGUCCUCCUGCUCGACGCGCUGCUGGGCCGGGUGGUGCCCCAGCUAGUCUGUGGCCUGGUCCUCCGAUGCUCCACUGAGGACGAGGACGCCGCUGGCCCAGCCCUCCCUGCUUUGGAGCCGCUGACAGAAGAAUGGCCACUACAGAACACUGAGUGCCAUCUCUGCAAGUCUGUGAUUGCCCGGGCCUGGAACUCCAGUGAACAGGCCAGGCCCCAGGCGAUGCGCCAGGCCUGCCUUCACUUCUGGCUAGACAGGCAAAAGUGCCAGCAGUUUGUGGAACGGCACACGCCCCAGCUGCUGGCCCUGGUACCCAGGAGCCGGGAUGCCCACACCACCUGCCAGGCCCUUGGAGUAUGUGAGGCCCUGGCCAGCCCUCUGCAAUGCUUCCAGCCCCCGCAGCAAUGA